AUGGAUCUCAGCUCGCUCACAGGCAAAUCAUCGGCAGCCGCAGGAGGCGCCACCUCGGCGGAGCGUAAGGAAGCCAUCAAGCAGCAAGUAUCUUCGGAACUGGCCAUGGCCAACGCUCAGCAGCUCAUCACCAAAGCGACCGAAAAAUGCUACCUCAAAUGCAUCCCCGCUCCCGGAGCAACUCUGUCGGGCAAGGAGCAGACCUGCUUGACAAGGUGCAUGGAGAGGUACUUUGAAGCCUUCAACAUUGUCUCGUCCACCUACGUGCGCAGGGUGGGCAACGAGAGAGCGGCAGGAACCGUUGCGGAGGCCGGUCUCUGA